AUGUUUUCACUCUUGCCCGAUCUCGCGCCACGCGACUCGCAUGCCCUGUGGUAUACAUCAUCGCGCAGUCCACUAUCGUCGGCAGCUGCAUCACACGAUCUCCAUCAGUCGUUUCCCGGCGCCUCGGAACAACAACAACAACAACAACAUGCCAGCCAUCACCACGCCGCGAACCAACAACGCCGCAACAAUGCCCACAUCGUUGAGCGCUCGCCCCUCGCACGCCUCCGCAACGACGAGCAAAACGCCGAGCGCCGCCUGCACAAUGUCGCCAGCUUUGGCAGCGGCUGGCUGAAGCCCCCGGGCAUCCCCAAGACCCUGCACCAGCUGCGCGAGGAGCGCCGGGAGCAGGAGGAGCACCAGGAGGCCAUGCGGCGCGAGCAGCUCGCCCAAGAGCUCGCCGAGGCCGAGGCUACGGGCGGUGGCGCCGAUGCGGACGGCCUCGAAGGCCCUAGUGGUCUUGGUGCGGAUGCCGUCAUGAGAGAUGUCGCGGGUAGCGAUGCCAUGGACGAGGUGCAGCUUGACGGCACCAGAGAUCUCGACGAUGAUAUACCAGAGGCUGAGGACAACUUCAUGAGUGGAAGCGAUGAGGAGAGCGAUGAGGAAGAUAGCGAGGAAUCCUCUGAAGAAGAGCUGGAACCUGUGGGAACACCAGCGGGAGCACUCCGAACAGCCCGUCUACAGAGAGAUAUCAUGACACAGAUGAUGCGCCGCACGCACGAUCAACUCGAGGACAGCAUUGCUGGCGAAGAGGAAAUCGACGAUGAGGACCAGCAAGAGAUGAUCGAGGAGGGCGACACUAUUGGUGAAGGUGACGAUCUCGGCAUGGGGGUGGAUCUAGACGAUGAUAUUCCUGAGGCAGACAGCGCCGGAGGCUACGAACAUACGGACACCGAGGAAGAGCUGAGCAGCAGUGACGAUGAUCAGGGUGAGGUGAGCUUUGCUGCCGCGCGAGCACCACAGUCGGUGCGAUACAGACACAGCCUGGCUCGGUCAGACGCUACGCGCAAUAGCCUUGCAUUUAGUGAGCUGCUCUCAGCAGACGGUAGCAGCGUCCUAGGAAGCAGUCCGCACGCUCCGAGACGUGUCUAG